CGACGACACUCAACACCACCACCCACCACCCUCACCACCCGCAUCCUCGCAUCUCCGACAUCCACACAACCUUCACAAUGGCAGGAGGAGCAUCCGACAAGACCGCCCGCAUAAAGAACACGUGGCACAUCGGCAGCUGGGGCAACCCUCUCGAAGGCGGCGGCCAGCCCUCCAAGGGCAUCUACCAGUACGCGCUCUCCGCUAACCGACAGCGCCCUUUCGCGGGUGCCUUCACCAAGGGUUUCUGGAACACGAUCCGCAGGAGCAGGAACCAGGUCCUGUACGUCGUGCCGCCAUUCAUCCUCGCAUACAGCGCUAUGCAGUGGGCUAUUGAGAGGAACGAGUACCUUAACUCCAAGGCCGGACGGGCUGAGUUCGGCGAUGAGGAGUAAGCGGUUCGAACGACGUGCGUGGAAACCAUGGGUGGAUAAAAUAUGAAGACAAGUCCAAUGUGUAUAGACAUGGGGUGGUGGAGGCAGAGGAGGAGACAUGUAAUUUGAUUCCUCAUUAGACCAAUUGAAUGUACCAACAGUUGCG